GGCUGGGCGCGCAGAGCCACCAUGCCGAACUGGGGAGGCGGCAACAAAUGCGGCGCCUGUGGCCGCACCGUCUACCAUGCCGAGGAGGUGCAGUGCGACGGGAGGAGCUUCCACCGGUGCUGCUUCCUCUGCAUGGUCUGCCGGAAAAACUUGGACAGCACAACUGUAGCGAUUCAUGAUGCUGAAGUUUACUGCAAAUCUUGCUAUGGGAAAAAGUAUGGCCCGAAAGGUUACGGUUAUGGGCAAGGGGCAGGCACGCUGAACAUGGACAGGGGAGAGAGACUAGGCAUCAAGCCUGAGAGCACGCCCUCUCCCCACCGACCCACAACAAAUCCAAACACUUCAAAGUUCGCUCAGAAGUUCGGAGGGGCAGAGAAAUGCUCUAGGUGUGGCGAUUCCGUUUAUGCGGCAGAGAAAGUAAUAGGAGCUGGAAAGCCAUGGCACAAAAACUGCUUCCGAUGUGCCAAGUGUGGAAAAAGCCUAGAAUCUACAACCCUAACUGAAAAAGAGGGAGAAAUCUAUUGUAAAGGUUGUUACGCGAAGAACUUUGGCCCCAAGGGAUUUGGGUACGGCCAGGGAGCGGGCGCCCUUGUUCACGCCCAGUGAGGGGGCACAGCUCAAAACCCUUUAUGGCUCUGCUGAGAUCCUGCUACAAGAAACAAGAGAGUUUCCUAAAUGUUACUAACUACUGUGAAACGGAUACUAGUUACUGUAGUGCUUGGGCAUAUGUUCAGCAGAUAAUGAUUUUUUUUUUUUUAAAAACCAAAAAGCACUGCUUUUUUCCUUGCUUUGUGUAUCACACUGUAACACUUUUAAUACUGAGUAUCAAUUCAAUAAAGCUUUGCUUGUUGAUAUACCCUAAA